CUGUUGAUAAGAAAAUGUAAAAAAAAUUGGUAAAAAUUAUUUGAUGGGAAGAAAAUAUAAGAAAACAUGAUAAAAUUAACACUAUUAUAUUAAAAAUUGCUGUAAAAUAAAUAAAAGUCUACAAGUUGUGAUUGGCUAUUUUUUUUAACGGGACUAACAGUUGGAUUAAAAUAAGUGACGAUUUAAUAGUUUAGGUAUCAGUUCAGACCAAAAAAGUUUAGAUAGCAAUUGAGGAAACCCGUACAGUUUAGGUAUCAUUUUAUUGUUUAAGCCUUUUAAGUAUAACUUAAAGAUAUGCGUCAAUUUCUCAAUCUCUAAGUUAACAAUUUGCACAUCAAAUGUCUUUAGUUUUAUUUUGGUCACUUGACUAUUAAUAUUUUUUAUUUAGUGGCUUAACUUUUCAAAAUUAAAUAUUUUAUUCACUGUGAUGGAAAAUUGAUCUGGACACUUUAUUGAUCUACAUCAGUUUUUCGUCACUCAUCUAAUGACAAGUAAUAAAAAAAUUAUUAAAAUGUUUAAUUUUGAAAAGCUUAAUAAUUUAAACAAAAUACAUAAUUGUUGAGGUUAUUAAAAGAUAAAUGUUUAUGGGACGGGAAUGAAAGUAUUAAAAUUUCCUUUAUAUGGAAAAAGAACUAAUAAAUUUUUAGAGUUUGGAUUAUUGGAAAGAAAAUCAAAAUAAUUUAUAUUAGAAAAAAUAAAGCAAAAGCGAUCUAACGCUUUUCCCAUAAAUUACUAUUUUAUCCGAUUCGUUAUCCACAAGUUCGCGAAUUAUAGUUUUUACAGCAGAGGGAAACAAUAGUUGCUGCUUCCGAAAAGGAUCGUUUUCUAACAUGGAGUGCAAAGAAGGAACCGGGGAAACUGAUGCUGAGUCUGUACUCAUCUCCGAUUGGGCCGAGUUAACCCACGAGUGCCUCCUCAACAUCCUUUCCCGACUCACUUUCGAGCAGCGAUGGACCGGUCCUAUGUUUGUCUGCAAACCAUGGCUCAACGCCUGCAAGGAUCCCUCUCUCAACUCCGUCUUCGAUCUCGAAACUCGCUUCGAUUCCUCCUCCGAGUCAACCCGCUGGUGGACCCCCGAAUUCGAAAGACGAAUCGACUCCAUGCUCCGAUCGGUCAUCACCUGGAGCAACGGUAACCUAACCCAGAUCCUUACCCGUCACUGCUCCGAUCUCUCUCUCAAUUUCGCCGCUCAAAGGUGUCCAAAUCUCCAAGUUCUUUCCAUAAAAAGCUCUCCUCGCGUGACCGAUGCGUCGAUGGCUCAAAUAGCGUAUCAUUGUCGGAACCUUAAACAGCUCGACAUCAGUUACUGCUACGAAAUCUCACACGAAUCUUUAUCGUUAAUUGGUCGGAAUUGUCCCAAUUUGAAGAUCCUAAAACGGAAUUUGAUGAAUUGGUUGGACCCAUCGCAACACGUGGGAAUUGUUCCAGAUGAGUAUCUAAAUGCUUGUCCGCAAGAUGGAGAUACAGAGGCUGCUGUUAUUGCGAAAUUUAUGCCUCAAUUGGAACAUCUUGAAAUCAGAUUCUCGAAAUUGUCAGCUAAAGGAUUAGGUUCCAUUUGUGAAGGGUGUUCGCAACUGGAGCAUCUUGAUCUGUCUGGAUGUGCUAACUUAACCAGUCGGGACAUUCUGAACGCGACAUCAAAUCUGAAGGAUUUGAAGGAAGUGAAGAAGCCAAAUUUCUAUAUACCCAGGUCAGUUUUUCACACUGAGAGAUAUGGGCAUUGGAGGUUGUAUGAUGAGAGGUUUCAAACUGAUGUUUUUCGAAUCUAGGAGAAGGAAAAAAAACAGGAACCUGAUUUAUGUUCCUUGGCUUUACUAUUUGCGUGUUAAGAUGUUAUCAAUCAUAUAUUUAUGUCUGCUUGUAUGAUGGAUUGGUUUUCUUUUUGCUCAAUUUGUAUUAAUAUAGCACUUGUUUUCCUAUUA